AUGACCCGCAUCCCCCAUGCUGAAUGGGUGGACCUCAUGGAUAUUCAGCUCACCGACACCGCUCAGAUAUGGUGGGCAGCUAAGAAGACUCAUCUGGAGAGGCCCAUCCUGUGGGAGACGUUCAUCGAGCACUUCAAUAAGAAAUACUUUCCUCAGUCAGCUCGGGAUGAACUCUUACGAAGAUUUGUUGAGCUCAAGCAAGGAGGGAGGCAUCAGUUCCAGAAGGGUCUGGACAAGUAUAUUAGGAUGGCUCUGGCAGGUAGAGCUUUGGCGACCCAUGAUGCGGUACUGGAUGCAGCACGCGAGAUUGAGAGCGUGCAUAAGGAACCUGAAGACUCUCACGUGAUUCAGAGCAGGACACCAGCAGCUCCGGCCCGGAAUGUAUAUCAGGAGGCACACAGGAAGCAAUCUCAACAACAGAUGUUCAUGAUGUCAGCUGUAGAAGCUGAGGCGAACGAUCAAGUUAUCACUAGUAAGAAUGGUAAGGUUCUUGUUUCUUCUGUUCUUGCUUUAUCGCUCUUUGAUUCUGGAGCCUCCCAUUGUUUCUUGUCUCGUCGAUUUGCGAGUGCCCACUCUCUUCCUAUAUCUCCUUUGACUACGGGCUGGAAUAUCAACACUGGCAGUGGUGUCUUAGUAGCAUCUAGUGGUUAUGAAGCAUGCCCUGUGGUUAUCUACAGGAGGGAACUCUUUGCAGACUUUCUGGUGAUCGAUUUGCCGAGUUUUGAUGCAGUAUUUGGGAUGGAUUGGUUGGGGUCGUUCUUUGCCACCAUUGAUUGUCGCCGUCGGAUCGUAGUAUUCGAGAUACCGGAUCACCCGAGAUUUGAGUUCACUAGUGGUAGUACAUCAGCCGGACCUAUGGAGUAUAGAGCUAGACCGAAGAAGGCGACGUUAGCUGCAAUGCAAGUGGAAUCUGAGAAGCCAGAUGUAGUUUGA